GCCGGUGCUAGAACCGAUUUUUCCACAAGAAGAGAACCUGGAGGUUAAAAAAGCAAUAAGAAAACGUGGCAGGAAAUCUCAGAAAAUACCCGCUCUGAUUGCCAUCAAAAAAGAACCCGAAGAUGAUUCGGUGGGUAGCACCAGCGAACCUACGGUGGCCAAAAGGAAAGCGGGCAGACCAAGAAAACCGAAACCUGAGCAGUCAAUGGAAGAAGUAAUGACCGACCUUUCGUUCCUAAUCGACCCAAGCCGAAUCAAAAAAGAAGUCGUAGAAGCACCCAAACCAAAAAAACUAACCAAAAGACAACGGUUGGAAUUAAUCAAAAAAGACUUGACGAAAAAGGAGAAUCUAGAAAACACCCUCAACAAAUUAGACGCAGCUGAUGCAAAACUAAUCGACAGACUAGAUUUAAAUGUGCGGAAAUUCAAAAAAAUAUUACCAAAAAUCAAAAGACGACACAGCAUUGAAAAAAUCCCUAUAACCGGAGACACGGUUUUCACUCAGCUUCCGAGAAGCCUGAGCCCGAAAACAUCCAAAAGAACCGCAAGAUUGUUGAACAAACCUUAUACUACUCGAUCAGAUUCACCUGCAAGGAUGCUCCGAAACGGCAAACAUAGAAGAUUGAAGGAUUUCGUUUUGCUAGAAGGACUAGAGGGACCGAAAAGAAGAAAAAGAGUACACUCGGAUUUGAGCGGAAGCGAAAUAGCUUCAAAAUUGUCUGGAUAUGAAAGUGAUAGCAGUUAUUCGGAUAUGGCUUCGUUGCAUGAUGGUAACAAGGACAUUGACAGUCUCCUAAUGGACGAAUCCUCAAACGCCCCCACUCAAAUCGACACAAACUCGAACGUUUGCGACUCAAAAAUGCCAGAAAAAAACCUCCUGCUGGACAUAAUGAAGCAAGCUUUCAACGACAUGGGCAACGACAAGCUACCAGUCGAAAAACCUUGCACCUCAGCUUCGACCGAAGAACAAGAAUUGAGGCAACUGCUGGAACAAACCGAAGAAAAACAAGCUGCUGAACAAAUACAAGAGUGCAUCGAUAAUAUUACAAAUUUAGCCAAGGCAGCUUCAGAAGAGGCUCCAGUUUUGGAAAAACAAAUCCAAGACGAUUCAAUUCCUGUAAUAGACAACAUGUCAAGUGAACCACCACAAAAUUUAGAACAUUUAGGCCCGCCUUUUUCAGAAUCCAGCGUUGCCAUGCUGGAACAAAAACGUUCAUUUGUUGAUGAAAAUAUUGGCAUAGCUGUUGUGGAAAAAGACAAUGUUGUAUCAUUUCAUAUUGAACAUUUAAGUGGGGAUGAUGUAGAUGAACCUGAAACUAGUAACGAGGAUUUGAAUCAGAGUUUAGAUGAAAAAAUGGAAGUUGAAACAGAGGAGAAAGUUGAAGAAGAUCUUCAAACAGAAGAAAAAGUUAUUGAAACAGAAUCUAAAGAAACUGAAGUUGAAGUUGAAGAAUCUGUUGAUGAAGUUGAAGUUAAACAACAGUGUAAUAUAAAGGAAUCUGUUGCUGAACCUGAAUGUGCAGUUGAGGAAUCGGUUGCUGAAGCUGAAUGUGCAGUUGAAGAAGCUAAAUGUGAAGUUGAAGUUGAGGAACCCAAAAAUGAAUGUACAUCAGUAGUUGAAGAACCAAAAAAUGAUGAAGCAACUAAGCAACCAGAAGAAGCUAAAACUAUUGUUGAGCAAGCUGAUAAAGUGGAUGAAACAGGACAAGAAAUUUUGUCUGAAAAAGAAGAUUGUGAUAAAACUAGUGAGAAUAUAGAUGUUAAAAAGCCCGAAGAAACAGAAGCUGUAAAGGAAUCUCCGGAACAAUUAGCCGAAAAGGAGUGCUUCCUGGGUGCUUUGGGGUUGCAAAGUUUACGGGCGGCAAAAGAGUCGCCGCAGCCGAGGAAAAAGGGCAAAGCUACGACGUCAAAGGCGGCAGCGGACUCAUACACCGGUACUCUAAAGACUGUGAUAAAAAUUAAUAAGAAAAGGGGCAAGAAUUCGUUCAAGAUGACUUUGCAGAAGAAUAAGAAUAAGAGUGAGAAGGUUGAAGCUGCUGGCGGCACUGGAGAAGAUGGAUACAAAGUUUUGAAAGAGGGCGGUUCUAGUUCUUCGAAGCACAGCAAAGAUUCCUCGGAUACAGCUGGUGCGCAUCGCAAAUCACAUUAUUCUAAUCGAUCUAACAUGGAAAAUAGCAGCGAACAUACUUCGGACAGCGAACAAGCCAAUCAAGACAAGUCACAACCUGAAAAAUCUUUGAUAGUACCGGAAAAAGCCAGCUCAUUCAGCAUCCAUCCAGGCAGACUUUGCAAGGACGAAUGUUCAUAUUGUUUCGGAGAAUUCGGCCUUUUCGACACCCCUUGCCACAUUGCUCAAAUCAAAAGUGUCGACAGACAAAACAAGAUUUUAGCCACUGAGCAACAUUUGACUAGAGAUUCAUGCCUAUGCGACGCCUGCUACCGUCACGUGGACAGAAAAUCCAACUCCCCCUCAUACAUAAACAAAUCCCUAAAACGUAAUUCUCUGGUGGCUCCGGGUCCUAGGCAAAACCACUGCCAUGUAUUGGCCUGCAGCAACACGUCUACAAACAUUUUAAGAAGAAAAUGGAUUAUUAAAAUGCGCAAAAGCAUCUGUCAAGUUAUCAAUAUUGACUUGGAUAAUCCAGGAUUGCAUUCGAUUCCGAUUUGUGAUGAGCAUUAUGAGGCUUUGGAGCAUUUGAUGAUUUGCGGCAUGUGCAAGCGACGCUUGGCACGUAAUCAUAUACAUUAUUUGGGGCCUGAAGUUAAAGAAUUGAAUGAGGCACUCAAAGAUGAAGGUAUUUCAAUAGUGUUGUGCAACAAACCAGUAGUAUGUAAAUUGUGCAAGGGUUUUGCAUCAAUUAUCUUGAAGGAUCCUGAAGAAAGGGCCGAAAAUAGUAUUAAUUUUUUCAAGGAAUAUAAAAAAAGGUUGUUACAUUUCAACGACAUUGUGCAGAUGGAUGUUGGCGAAGCAGAUGAACUGCUGCUGCCUCCAGCUAAAUCAGCAGACAAAAAAGACUCAGAAGGGAGACUUAAAAGAAUGCGAAACUCGUCAAAUGAUAGUGGCAAUAGUGAAACUCAAGAUGACGAACUUGAAGAGGAUGUGGAGGAAACAAGACCAAGAAAACGAGUGCGAGUGCCUUCAUCAGACACCAAUCAUUCGCAAAGUGCCGACCAAUCGAGAGCCCAAUCUCCUGAAGAUGAAUACGCAGGCGUUGACUACAACACUCUUAUACCUGCAAUUGUAAUGGACUGUUCUAGCGAUAACGAGAGCAAAAAGGACCGCAAUAGCCCUAAAAUUAUCCAAAGAAAAACCUUGGAAUCGUUUGGCGGUAGUGUAGAAAUUUCGAGAAGUUAUAAGAAAGAUAACGAUUUGGCCGCUCAGAAACUGGGUCAGAAUCCUUCAAUUUCGCUCAAGCCGAAUUAUGGAGAUUCUUCUUGGCAAGAUGAAGCUGCUCCGAGUAAACUCAUUUCGAAUCCCGCUUUGUCAGUUAGACAAUUAUUCCCAGGCGAAGAAGAAAUGGGCCUAGUGGGAGACAUUGAUUUCAAAAACGUCGUGGCCCGUACACCCGAGGGCUGGGAAAAGUGCGUCACCACCAUCCAAUACGACAAAGACACCAAAAUGCUAUGGGAAGAACUGCAAAAACCUUACGGCAGCAAAAGCAGCUUCUUACGACAUUUGGUUUUGUUGGAGAAAUAUUUCAGGAGCGGUGACUUAGUGUUGUCACCAUCGGCCAAUAAUCGCGCAGUCAAUUACAAAGAAAGCGUCCACAAUCGUCUGAGGGCCUACGAUAACAUACCGAGCAAUGUUGGGCAGGCCCAGCCUCCAAGUAUGAUACAAUUUACCAAAAUCAAUCUUAGAAAUACGUCUAAUUCUAACGGACUACCUCCUGUAACUAUUAGUCAAGUGGGACGUCCUGAUAAUGAGAUCCAAACUUCAAGAACUCCGAUUACGCUCCAGCAACUGAAUCAGCCACCGCUUUACCCUACCAGUACCAUUUUGCAAAAUCUGGCUAAAAAUAAAGCCGGGGCGGCGCCGCCCGGUUUGAUUUCAAUCAAUCAGAAAGUGGGGGCGUCCAGUACCAUUGUGCGUCCUCCGGUGCCCUGUCAGAAGAUCAAGUUUCCCAUUACGAAGAACUGGAGGCCGAAUUUCAUUCCGAUCGAUCCGGCGAUGAGGAACGAAAGAAAACCUGGACUUGUACAGGUCAUAUCAGGCGGCAAACCCUACCACAUAACCUUGGAAGACUACAAGAAAAUGUGCGCUAUCAAACGCAGCUUCGAAGCCAAACAAAAAAAAAUCCAAGAACAACAAACAUUGGCAAGACACCAAGCCUUGCUCAACCAAAAAUCCAUGCUCAAACCUGCCCAACAACAACCAGCCAGAAAAUUACUAACCAAAACAUCAGGCGGCACCUUAAUAGAAACAAAAAUCGAAUCCAGUGAGUCGAUUUUGGAAAAAUUGGACAAACAAGUUGAAAGGCUUGGCCAACGCAACCAAGACGCUUUGAUUCGUUUGGAAAACAAUCCUGCUAUUCAAAUAAUACCGAGGAUACCGCAAUCUUUGACUGCAAUACCGCAAACUGUACGUAAAAGCCCUCCGAGUCCUGUACUGUUGAUAACCAAAACAAGUUGAAACAGUAGUAGUGACGACAAAGACAAUCAAUCUUGAUUGGUUAUAGUAGUAUAUAGUGUUUUUGCUUUUAAAAAUCAGCAAGUGCCUAAGAAUUUGUAAAUUAUAGAAUCUCAAUUUUGCAGAUUCGAUACCAAAACUUCCUAGAAUGAUAUGGGUAAAAACAAACAAAAAAAUGCUUAUCAGAAACUUGCAUAAAACAUAUUGUAGAUUUAUUAUUGACUAAUAUUUUUUUAUUAAUUGGAUGAUUGUUUAAAAGCACUAUAGAAGCAAUAAGUCUCUAUCUCCCCUCUUAAAAUUAGUGCCUAAUAAGAUGAGUUUUUAUUGGUAAUAAUAGCUUUGUUCCAAUACACCGGAAAGUUGUGCGUAAAAGCCGAAAUUUGUAUACAGAGUGGUUUCGAAACCGUUCGUGAGGCGGUAUUUUGACGGGUUGGAACAAACCUAAUAAUAUGUUGGAAAAUUAUUGUUCAUCUAUUCUUUCACAAAAAAAAAAAAUUAUUCAUGUCAAGUUUUUAGAAAAUUGACAUUACAACCGUGUUUAAUUAGUUAUUAAUAAAGUUUAAUAACUUGUACAUUUUAUUAAGUAAUUUUGGAUUUAUUUUUAAGUAUAUAAUUAAUAUUAUUAUCAAUAAUUAAUUUAAUUUAUUUUUUUAGUUUUUAAGAUUUUUCUUUUUUUACACUGUAUUCAGUUGGCACCUUGCAUUUUUUUUUCUUUCUUUUUUUUUGACUUAAAACCUUUGUAUUUCGGUUGUAAAGUAUAGUGUAUAGUUCGCCUUACGAGUCUAGCACUAUGACGUCGGAAGGGCAAGGGGGAAUAACGCCAUUCAUUUCGAGCUUUAUGCUGCCUGUCAUGGGCGUGCGCGCAGCGUUUUCAAAUAUUACUUUUUCCUUAUAAAUGUAGGUGUGUAACAUAGAUAAAUAUCAAGGUAUUUUCUAAUGGAAGUCAAACAGGCAAUAUUGCAAUUUUUUUAUCCGCAUUCUUUCCAUAGUGCUAGACUCGUAAGGCGAACUUUAAUUAUUAUAUUGUUACUGGUUUUUUUUUUGUUCAAUAAUAGGAUGAGUUCUUGUUAUCUAACCGCAACCUUAUUCAUCAGAUAAGGGGUUGUUGUUGGUUAGCAAUCAUGAUUAUAUUGUAUUUUAAGUCCAAAUAUACCUACAAUUGAUUUUUGACUUAUUUGUAUUCUCGAUUUAUUCUGCAUUCAAGUAUCACUAUUUAUCAUUACUAUUGGGUUUAUUAUUAUAUUUGAAUAAAGAUAUUUCUAUAAAAAUUGUCUUGGUUUUUUUUUUAACUAAAACCUGUCAUGUUAAAGCAAAUGUAAAAUUUAUAUCACAUUGAUAUAUUAUGAUUAUAGGGGUUUUUGACAGUAUGCGGCAGUGGCAAAAUACAGUGAAAAAAUUCAAAAUUUGAAUUUAAGAAAAAAAAAAAAAAAUCUAGCGGAUUGAGGAGCCAAAAAUACGAUGAAAAGUUAAUUUGACCCUCCUCGCUACGGCACAUCUUAAGGCCGAAAAAAAUAAAAAAGGAAAUUUCGAUUUUGAUCAGAAAAAAAUUGUGGGUACCUGACACGAGUCCACUUUUUCGCUUAUAGCUCCACUAUUUCUCAACCGAUAGUUUCGAGUCAUAUAUCUUUUGAAAGAGGAUGAAAUUACCUACAAAAUGUUUUUGUAUUGAGAUGCCAGGCGGUUUUCGUCUUCGAGAUAUCAGCUGUCUAAGUUGAAAUUCUUUGUAAUUUUGUUAAAAUUUUCCAGGUCGAUUUUCUCGAAAACGGUGUCCCGUGGCGGGAUACUUGUUAUAGGCUUUUUUGUAGUACUCGACGAGAUCUAUAAGUUUUGUAUUUGAAGUUUUUCUCCCGA